AUGUAUAAAAUGGAAUAUUCUUACCUCAAUUCCUCUGCCUACGAGUCCUGUAUGGCCGGGAUGGACACCUCGAGCCUGGCUUCAGCUUACGCAGACUUCAGUUCCUGCAGCCAGGCCAGUGGCUUCCAGUAUAACCCGAUAAGGACCACUUUUGGGGCCACGUCCGGCUGCCCGUCCCUCACGCCGGGAUCCUGCAGCCUCGGCACCCUCAGAGACCACCAGAGCAGUCCGUACGCCGCAGUUCCAUACAAACUCUUCACCGACCACGGUGGUCUCAAUGAGAAACGCAAGCAGCGGCGCAUCCGCACCACUUUCACAAGCGCACAGCUCAAAGAGCUGGAGAGGGUCUUUGCCGAGACGCACUACCCUGACAUCUACACCCGGGAGGAGCUAGCGCUGAAGAUAGACCUCACCGAGGCAAGAGUCCAGGUGUGGUUCCAGAAC